GAAAACGCGUUUAAUUCUGUAUUGUGUUGUCGUUUCGAGCCGUUAACGUAGGCGGGUCGGCUAUUUUCAAAUCCCAAUACAAUAAAAUUUCAAAUUUGUCCUUCGCUGAGCAAAUUUCUAAGCUUGCCAGAAACAAAUCCUCUGUUCAGAUUCUCCUCGCAUUUCAGUUUCCAGUCAUCUAGAAAUGAAUUCUGGAUCUCAAGAACAAGAAGGAGAUAAAGAGAAGAGGCAAUGGUCCUUGCAAGACUUCGAGAUUGGAAAACCCCUAGGGAAAGGAAAAUUUGGAAGAGUCUACCUCGCCAGAGAAGUCAAGAGCAAAUACAUAGUGGCACUGAAGGUAAUAUUCAAGGAACAGAUAGAGAAAUACAGGAUUCAUCACCAAUUAAAGAGAGAGAUGGAGAUACAGACCAGUCUUCGUCACCCGAAUAUUCUGCGUCUCUACGGUUGGUUUCACGACGAUGAGCGCAUUUUCUUGAUACUCGAGUAUGCUUUCGGCGGGGAGCUUUAUAGAGAGCUUAAGAAGAAAGGUUAUCUCAGUGAAAAGCAGGCUGCCACGUACAUUGCAAGUCUCACAAACGCCUUGGCAUACUGUCAUGAGAAAGAUGUGAUUCACAGGGAUAUCAAGCCAGAAAAUUUGUUGCUUGAUCAUGAGGGUCGUUUGAAAAUUGCCGACUUUGGGUGGUCUGUGCAAUCAAGGAGCAAGAGGCGCACUAUGUGUGGGACUCUCGAUUAUCUGGCACCAGAAAUGGUGGAAAAUAAAGCUCAUGAUUAUGCAGUUGAUAACUGGACUUUAGGCAUACUUUGUUAUGAGUUCCUUUAUGGUGCCCCCCCUUUUGAGGCUGAGAGUCAAAAGGAUACAUUUAGAAGGAUCAUGAAAGUGGAUCUGACUUUCCCUUCUGAUCCCCCAGUUUCUGCAGAAGCCAAAAAUCUCAUUAGUCGACUUCUGGUGAAGGACUCGUCUAAGAGGCUCUCCCUUCAGAAGAUAAUGGAGCACCCUUGGAUAAUCAAGAAUGCAGAUCCUAUGGGAAUCUCCAAGUAGAGCAUUAUCCAACUUCUCUAAUUAGUUUUUGUUUCUAAUGUUGCUUAAAGAAAUAUAAGUGGCUUCUAAAGUUGAUAAGCUCCAAGGUAGCUGAUUCUCCACCUGGAAACCCAACACUGAGACUCCAAGGUAACUGUUGUUCAUAUUUCGUGUGCAACUGUGGAUUUGUAUGCAUAUAUUCAGAGCUCUCCAGUAUUGUUAUAAUUUUUUGGUCAAGCGAUUAUUGGUAGAUAUAACUUUGAUAUUUUUCAUGGUACGUAAAUAUCUAUUGGUUGUGGCUUAUAUCAUAAUUUUGGUUAACAAUCGGCUUUUGGCCUUGCUAAUUUCAGUUGAUUAAAUUUGUUUGUAAACGAAGACAAUGACCAUAA